AUGAAACCACAAACAAUAGAUACCCAACAACAACAUCUUUUAACAGUGAUUCCAUUUCGUUAUCGAAUUUUAUUGUAUUUAAAUAUUCUUCUUGUUGUGGUUGACAUAUGUAUUAAUACAUUUAGUGAAUUUCUUGCACCAAAUACAUUUGGACAACUUAUUAUUUUUAUUAUUCAAGAUGUAUGUAUUGUACUUGCAGUUACAUUACUUAUUGUUAUGAUUUUAACAACUUAUGUUGCUCAAGCUGGUUUAGUCAGUUUACUUCUUCGCAUGUUUCGUUUUUCAAUUCUUAUUACUUUUUUCUAUUUGGUACUUUGUGCUGUUGUUCAAGGACUUAUACUUGCUCAACGUUUUUCGGAUGAUGCAUUUGUUAAUAGUGUCUUUAAAAAACCAGAAGUAUUAGCUUUUUAUGUAAUUCAACGUACAUUUUCUGUUUUAUAUUAUUAUGGAAUGAAACGUGCUGCUUAUCGUUUAAGUGAUCCUCAUUUUUAUCAAUCAUCAAAAUGGUUACAAGAUCUUUGGGAAAAACGUCGUAAUGCUGCUACAAUGCAUAUAACUUCAAAAGCAGCUAGAUCUGCACAAGGAAAAACUAUUAUUCGUUGUACAAUUCUGUAG